AGCGCGCCAAAUGAAGCUCCAUGUGCAAGAAGAAGAGUUCAGUUUGUGAUGAUUCAAAGUAUAAAACACAUCUGGAGAGGACAAGCUCAACUUUCACAAGCUUUGUUGGGUUCUGGGAUAAAAUGUAGAAGCUCUCGCGAGGAAGUUAAAAACAGACGAAGAAGAAGAAAGUUCUGGUGUUUUAAAGUUUAAAGUCCGGACGAUUAAAUCAGUUGUUUGUGAAGAUGCUUCUUUGUUCUUCUGCUGUGUGACGAACGAAAGAUGGACGGAGAGCGUCAAGAAAGGAGGGACGAGGAGGAGGAGGAAGAGGAGGACCGGACGCUACAAACUCCAUCCAGGAGGAUGGAAGAAGAGGAGGAGGAGGAGGAGGAGGAGGAGGAGGAGGAGGAGGAGGAGGAGGAGAUGAUGAAGGCAGACACCAAAGAUGGACACACGCCGAUCUCCGCCUCCUCCUUGACCGCCUUUCCUUUCCUCUCCUCCUCUCUGUGCCGAGGAAGAGAGGACGGAGAGGAGGACGUCUUCACCAUCGAGGACGAGUCCUGUCCGUCAGACCCUUUCGGCACCGCCCACCUGGAAACGGCCAAUCGGAUCACACGGACGGAGGGCGGAGGAGACGAAGAGGAGGAAGGAGAGACCGGAGGAGAGGAGGAGGAGGGAAACAGCCGGGACGAAGAGGAGGGGACGUCACCCUCGCUUCAGAGCCAGAUGAAGAGGAAGCUGGAUCACGGUCCGGACGGACGGCCGUUCCCUUCGAAGAAGAAGCACUGCAAAGGCAACGGAUACCUGAGUCCCGCCAGUCUGGUCCAGGUCACCACGCCAACCACAUUCGGCGACCUGCGGCUGGCCAACGGGCACUCGGCUCAGCGGCGGCGCGUCACCUCGGGCCCGCCCCCCUCCGGCCUGCAGGACUGGCUCAAUAUCUUCCAGACGUGGAGCGGUCCAGAGAGGCUAUUGGCUCUGGACGAGUUGAUUGACAGGUGUGAGACGAGUCAGGUGAAGCACAUGAUGCAGGUCAUCGAGCCUCAGUUCCAGAGAGACUUCAUAUCUCUGCUGCCCAAAGAGUUAGCUCUGUACGUCCUCACCUUCCUGGCUCCCAGAGACUUGCUGCAGGCCGCUCAGACCUGCAGGUACUGGAGGAUCCUGGCUGAAGACAACCUGCUGUGGAGGGAGAAGUGCCGUGAGGAAGGUGUGUCGGAGUACGCGUCGUCACGUCGCAGGAAGUGCGUGCGGCCAGGUGUAGCGGUCAGUCCGUGGAAAUCGGCCUACAUACGUCAACACCGCAUCGAGAACAACUGGAGGAAGGGAGACACGCGAGAGCCCAUGGUGCUGAAAGGUCACGAUGAUCACGUGAUCACGUGUCUGCAGUUCAGCGGCGACCUCAUUGUCAGCGGCUCCGACGACAACACGCUCAAAGUCUGGUCCGCCGUCACUGGCAAGGUAGGACACAGACGUGUUGAAUAUGUGACGCAGCAUCUGUAA